UAAGUACGUCAGCAGAAACGCCUACCUACUUCCUUGUGGACCGUGCUGACCAUGUGGCUACUCCUGUGAGCAGAGUCGUCACGGCCUCGUUGUUUAUAAGUUAGCCUGCAGAUUUUGUGAGCGCGCCGACUGUGCAGAAUGUCUGAUUCUGUGUCCAAGUUUCAGGCCGAAGUGACGGCUGUUAUGCAGCUAUUGCUGAAGGUGGCGGUCAUGGAAAUAACCAAGGUUUUCGAAAGACGCUCGUUUGGUUCCUGCACCGCCAAUGGAGAAACAAAGCUCUUUGAGGACCUGGAGUCUGUACCUGACCUCGGGGCUUGCCUGGAAGGUGCACUGAGAAAUGCCGAGAAAGCUGUCUGCAGUGUCGGUGUGCAAGUGGGAGAAGAGUCGCCCUCAGUGGAGCCGGAGCUGGAUCCCCGUGAUAAAGACUCACACAUGGAAGGAAACGAGCUCUGUGUGCAAGCAACCCAGAUGGGGGAUGGGCUGCCCCCCAGAGAAAGUCCCUACUUGGACCUGGAUGACACGGUUGAUUUGAAGUGCACUGUUGACCUUCCAUGCAACAUCUUUAAACAAAAGCAGGCCAUUAAGGAGGAAAGGCAGAACAUCUUGGUGUUUCAGACUGCAGGGGUUGGCUACCCACAAGCAGAACUGGCCACUCAGGACGAUGGCCUUCAGGCACAAAGUCCUCUUCACGACUCUUUUCCAAGCCUGUUCAGUUCAGUAACCGUAGACAUUUCAAGCACGGAACUUUCCCUGAACACUUUGGGCCAGUCAGGCCUCGGCUUGAAGGAGGGCGAUUUCAUCCAGUCUGUGAAAGAACUAGCCAAAUCAGAGCUUCUUGAGACAGCUGUGAGCUCAGGCGAAAACGGUGCAGCUUUACAAAACGAGUUGCUCACAGAUCUGAACACCUGCGCCUCGGAUUCCUCACCUGACAUCAACACUGUGAGGCUUCAUCUCAACCAGCCACCUUUUGACAGCAAACUGUUGAAGCCGUGCUCUGUGAAGCUCGUGAACCUGCUUCUGACUUCGGACACCGAAAGGAGAAAGACCGGCGUCCCUGGUGGAAAAGAAUUAUGCAUGCCCAAAGACCUUCGACCUCACCAGCAUGCCCACACCGGACACCGUUUAUGCUGCUUCACUAAGUGUGGUGAUGGGGUGUGGCGUCUUCGGGAAGCCAUUUCCCAGAAACGGUUGCAUUGCUGCAAGAUUUGCGGGAAAAAAUUCGAUCGCAGGAGAAUUCUCAGGAGGCACGAACGUUUCCAUACGGGAGAAAAGCCAUACUCCUGCUCCGUAUGCAGCAAGACAUUUGCUCUGCGCAAAAGCCUGCGGAGGCACGAGAGGUUCCACACAGGAGAGCGGCCUCAUAGCUGCCCUCAGUGUGACAAAUGUUUCCGUCUCAAGGAUAGCCUGAAGGCACAUAUGCGAUUCCACACUGGGGAAAAGCCAUUCGCCUGCAGUCUGUGCUCCAAACGGUUUAGGAUUCUUAAGAAUCUGCACAAACAUUCUUCACUCUGUCUGAUAAACAAAUGGCCAGUAAACCGGUAGGGUGUGUGUUAUCACUGGUUUUCACCUGGUCUACAGAUGGAUGGAGCGGUCAGUAACUUGAGACAUCACAUUCCAUAACAAACCAUUGAACCAGGUGUAAAGAUGGCUUGUACACUUUCUCCCAAAGUCUUGUCGGAUGUCAGUCGUCAUGUUUGGCUGGUUAAAAAGUGCUUGGCCCAGCUGUAUCAUCCUGCAUUCCAUGUAUGGUGUGGUUAAAAACAAAAGAACUACAAAUAUUUUAAGGUGUGUUGCAGAGUAAAGAUUUUCUUGAACGUUCGAAAGAAAUUAUUUGUGCAAAACAUGGCCCAUAACAUUUUGAUAAUUUCAAUGUUGGGAAAUUCCACUGAAGCCUGGAAGCUUUUUUUUUUUUUUUUUUUUUUUUCUUCAAACUGCAGUAAACACAUUCAGGUCUGCAGGCCCAUUAAAGAUGAUUUUUCGGUUCUGUAGCUGAAGGAAUGGUUCAGCACAAAAAAAUAUAAUUAACAGUUUUGAUGUCAGUCAACCAACGACAUGUUCGGCAUCCAAAUGUUGCUUCUUUUGUUCAUAACAGGAGCUGCAAGGCUCACAGUCACUAGAAGUCGUCACCCAAAUGUUUUCUGCAUGCUGUGUAUGCUGUCCUUAUUUUGGUAUUUAUAUAUAUUUUUGGGUAAUUUUGUUUUUUAGCCAUUAGGUUGACUUGAAUACUUUGUGCAGUUGUUUUUUUGCUUUUUUU